UGCUCAAAGCACCCGAACAAAAUCCACAGCCCAAUCAGUAAAAGCCCGUUUCGGCAUUCAGCCCUCACAGGCAGACAGAGAAUUAGAGAUGAUACCCGUACCUGCGGGCGAAGAGGUUGCUCCCAAGCUCGUUCGACUUCUGUACUUCGUCGGCGCCGGAGUUCUGUGCACUGCCGGGAUUAACAAGUGGAAGGAUUUAGAAAGAAAGGCAAUGAUUCAGAAGCAGCAACAGCUAAAUGGGCCUUCUGUGGAGAACCCGUCAGAUGUGGUACAAAGGGCUGUUGAAUAGACUCAAUCUUCUCUUCCGGUGGGGAGGGGGUGGGAGUUUUUUCUUACCAAGCACUUAUGUCGGAUAAUCAAGGUCUUGUAUUUAAUUUGUUUUGUGCUUUACAUAAUCGGGAUCACGGAUGUUUAAAUAGUGAGUUGAUUAAUGCUUUAGUAUUUGUUUUUAUGAACUGUUUGUUAUGCUUUUGUUAUUGUUAUUUUUUUGGCUUGUGUAAGGAUACUAAGUCUAAUGUUUCUGACUAUAUGAAUAUAUGAUGAUUGUUGUUAUGAAUUUUGGAUAUUGUUAAA